AUGAGCUUGCCCGAAAAAAUAGAUGCUGAAAACCAGCAAAAAACAUUGCGUGUGCUUAAUGUGACGUACCCGUUGACCAUCGAAAAUGUUUCGAAAGAAUCGUGCGGUAUUCGCAUACAGUACAUUUGGAGUAUAUUUCGAUAUUUUGAUGAAGAUCUCCCCACACAUGUGAAUAGAAAACCCACCGAAAGUGUGUCCUUUGAUACGGGGUGGUUGUAUGUACCCUCGGGACAUUAUACGCUUGAUAAAUUAUUGCAAGUCCUUAACGCGUAUGUAAAUGAAUACGGUAUGUACUUGACGGAAUUACCCUCUAAACGAGUGGGGGUUACCCUAAAUAUAGGGGGUGUUAGUUUUUUACAUCAAUAUAACACUGGCAAGGUGGUCAAAACAAAGGGUUUAAAACCCGUGGGGUCCUAUAUCAAAUUAGACUUUACAAAAAAUUUACAAUAUAUGUUGGGUCUUGACGACUGGGUACUUCACCCAACAGUUGCCUGGUAUAAAGAAAAUUAUUUCUAUGACAAUACCCCCCCGCUAUCACCUUUGGAAUUGAUAACGAACACCGUAUUUAUGAAAAUGGAUGGUGCUACGCCCGAGUCCUACGAUCCUGCUUUGGGUACAUUUUACGGCGCACAUUUACCCGACAUGACAAACGGUUUAACACGCAUGUUUGUUUAUUGUGACGAAGUUGUAGCGUCCAUGGUAGGUAAUGUGUAUGGAAAAUUAUUAGCCGUACUUAAAAUUGAAACGGGCGAUAUGGGUAGCGCUAAUUUAUAUACGUAUACAUGUCCCGAAACAACGGUGAAAUUUACACGUUCACAAAUUGACAAAUUGCAUAUAAAAGUCUGUGACACCAAUUAUAACCUAAUACAGUUUAGUGCGGGCACGUUUGGGUUAGAGUGUGUUAUCGAAUAA